CUUGUUUUUCGGUUGGCUCUUUUUCCUUUCCUCUCAGGGGGUCAGAAGAUGGAGUCCAGUCUUUUCUGAGAUGAAGUACACCUGAACACACACCCUGGACUCAGAAUGCACGCAAUGCAAGCUCCUUCCAUUUCUCUUCCCCCCAGUCAGUGGCCACCUGCUCUUUUGGCGUCAGCAUCAUCCGCAGGCGGCACGAUGGCAAUCGAUACGGCAGUGAAAUGUUCAAAAUGGGAUAUUUUAGGAAAACCUCGGCAUGCAGAGGGAGACAACCGAGCUGAUUCACACAACACGAGACGAGCAUGAAACCUGUUCUCAAUGUAGCGGCAAAGACACCGCCAUGGAAGACCAUUCGCUGGAAAACAACUUAAUGUGUAUACAACAAUAAUCAGCAAUGCACAGCUUCUUCCUGGUUGAUAUCCCCUAAUAAUAGCUGCUAUGGCUUUUUGUAAUGAAAGCCUGCUGGAGGAGUGUGACUUCAUGGAGCCAGACAAUGCAGAGGAAGCAGCAGAAAGCCUCCCAUCACAAGCUGCGACUCCUCUCAUAUCAGUCACUCUGCGCGUGACCCUGGCAGCCAUAAUGAUCUUCAUGAUUACUAUUGGUUUCCUUGGCAACGCAAUUGUGUGUCUGAUUGUUUACCAGAAACCUUCCAUGCGUUCUGCUAUCAAUCUCCUCCUUGCCACAUUGGCCUUCUCAGACAUUAUGCUCUCUCUGCUCUGUAUGCCCUUCACUGCAGUCACUGUGGCCACCUCUGACUGGAACUUUGGGAGCGGGUUCUGCCGAGCCUCCAUCAUGCUGUACUGGCUGUUUGUCCUGGAAGGGGUGUCCAUCCUCCUCAUAAUAAGUGUAGACCGAUUCCUCAUCAUUGUGCAGCGGCAGGACAAGCUGACCCCACAUAGAGCUAAAGUGCUGAUUGCAGCUUCAUGGGUGUUGAGCCUAUGUGUGUCCCUGCCGUCCGUAGUUGGGUGGAGGACAGGUGCAGCAGGGAUUGGGGGUGCCUGGGCACAGCUGUGUGUGCUGGGAUACAGUGAGUCUCUGGCAGACCGUGGAUACACAGUGCUAUUGGCAGUAGCAGUAUUUUUUGUACCAUUUGCAGUCAUGCUGUACUCUUACAUGUGCAUUAUCAACACGGUGCGUCGUAACACCCUACGCAUCCACAACAACACCAGUGAGCAUUCAUGCCUACCAGCCCUCAACCAAGUCCUACCAGCCCUCAACCAAGUCAGCAAAAUGAGACUUACUGGGCUGCAGCGGCCUCCUCAGAUCAAGAUAGACAUGAGCUUCAAGACCCGAGCCUUCACUACCAUCCUAAUCCUCUUUGUUGGCUUCUCGGUGUGCUGGUUGCCACACACUGUGGUCAGCCUGCUGGCCGUGUUCAGCCGGCAGUUCUACUACAGCUCAGUCUUCUAUCCAGUCAGCAUCGGUGCUUUGUGGCUCAGCUACCUAAAGACAGUCUUCAACCCUGUCAUCUACUGCUGGAGGAUCAGGAAGUUCAGGGAGGCCUGUCAGGAGUUCAUUCCCAAAAGCUGCAGACUGUGUCCCAGAGUGCCAGGCAGGAGCCGCAGAAGAGUGAGGCCCAGCAACAUUUAUGUGUGCAGUGAGACUCAGUCAGCUGUGUGAGAGAAGGAGGAGCACUUUGGUAGAUGCACAAACCAGCAGCUUUUGACACUGCUAUCAGCUCUUUUUAACUCAUAAUUCUACUCAUUAUAAGCAAAGAUAGACCACUAAAGUUCACAUUUAAAAUAAUGUACUAGUUGGUGAAAAAAAUCAUCUCACCACAAGAAUGAACUUUGUCUUUUUACAUUUAAGGCAACAUGGAUGAGAAGUCCUUAAACUGCUCAGGGAAAUGGACAUUUGAACAUCUACAAUUCCAGUGGCAGCACCAGCUGCUGAAGAACAUCAUGUGUUACUAGCUACUAAACAGACCUUGUGGUGGGGUAAUUUUGUCUGAAAGACCAAGAAUGAAUUUUCAGUCUGAAAAUAUACUUGUUGGCUUAACCUCAUAGCCAUUAUAGCUUCUAAAACUUACUGUCAUUCAAUUAAUUCCGCAUCCAGUCAGUUGACCUGUCUGUUUCAUCAUUUGUCACUGAAUUGUUUAAUUGAUGUUAUUCUGUUGUGUGAGACUGUAAACUCAAUGUUCUGUCAAUGAAUAGUAGUGAUAAUUAUUCAUUUAUGUGGUAGGUUUCACAAAAAGCACAUACAUAGUAUUAACAUUCAGCAGUGUUCUCAGAGGAAAGUCUCACAGCUUUAAAAUUUAAUUCAAUUUGUGCAGAAAAAACAAAACCUUUGUCAGUUGAAACUGUUAUUUUGAACCAUGAUUGUGUCAACUAAGAAGUAGGUCAGUUAUUGUGCUGUGAAUGUUUACUUGAAUGAUGACACUACGUAAAUAAAUGGAGUUCUGAAAUGAAGAUACCAUGAUAUACUGCAGCCUUUGAAUUAAAAGUACAUUCUAGUCAGCAGUGAGCUGCUUUUGCAAUGUACACAGGGUCAUAAUGGAAAUAGGUUGCUGGGAUACUAAAGAUGUCUAUUCACUGUAGAUAAGUGGCUCCAUUUAUGUAACACUUUGAUCCAAAGCGCUUUACAAUGUGUCUCAUUCAUUCACACACCAGUGAGCUAACAUGCAAGGUGUUGGUCUGACAAGGCAGUUGGAUGUCACUGUCUUGACCAUGAACGCUUCAACAUGCUGAACUGUGGUUAGUUGGGAUCCCGCUCUACCUCCUGAGCCACAGUCACACCACAUCAACUUCCCCGAAGACAACAUACACAGCAGACUGCAACAACAAAACGAAAUAGCAGUUGUUAGUGUACUGUACUUUUGAUUCAACUGUGUGUGGCAUUUUGAUAAAUUAUUACUGCAUUCACUACCAAAUCCUAUUUGCCUGCCAGUGUAUUUGACCAUGGUUCAAAUACACUGGCAGCCAAAUAGGAUUUGUAUUGUUGUGCAGCAGAAAACAGAGAGAUGGUGCUGUUCUUUCAUUGCAAAUUAAUUUAGCUUGCUUGCACUGAAUUUCGAGCCUCAUCAUCAGACAGAUUUUCCAAUUUGUUUUACUGAAUUCAUUCAUCAUUUUGUUGGAAUUGCUAUAAACAGAUCUUAACAGUGAUCCAGAACAACAUGUUUUUGAUCUCAUGUUUGCAUGACUGCCCUAAUGUAAUCACUUAACCUAGGGCUGGAUCUAACAAUUACUUUAAUUAAAGGUGUCAGGAGCGGGAACAUCUUUACUCUGAUCUGAGACUCAGACAAAUGCUGGUAAAUUCCCUCAGAAUCUUUUACAGUUGUAAAACACAUUAUUUAAAGACAAGUUGGGCCUGUUGUUAUAAUAAACAUGAUAAAUUAUAUGGUAUGUUCCAAGACACUUUUUAGGGCC